AUGGUGAAAAAGACCUCUUGGCGAUAUGACCAGAAGCCCAAGGACUACGACAGCUGCUUGGGCUUGAGCCUCGGCGAAGGCGUCAUGAUAUGGCGAGAUUCCAGCCAGCAUGUAAAGUAUAAGACUGACAUCAGGUUUACCAGCCACUGUGAUGAUAGAGCCGUGCCAGUGUACUCGGCUUUGAAAUGCUCCUCGGAUCUUUUUCCGUUCUUAAAGGAGAUCCAGCAGGACUGGGAUGAUUUUACCGCUGAUAGUAACGACCGCGGCCCUUUCAAAUAUAGCAUAUAUGCUAUUUUGCUUUCUUUCACCGCUAAUUUUGUCAUUGCAAUAUCGCUUACCGUGAUAGUGUUCAUAACGAUACGACAGAAACCUUAUCGCGGGGCUUCGAAUUUGCUCAAACUGGGAAGCUCCUUGGCAUCCAUUAAUUUAACAAUAUUUGUCGUCAAAGCGUUAAGGGCUCUUCACGACGACCAUAUUACUAACGGCGUCGUCUCCACCGAGGUAAUACUGGAUUUGCUAUGGAAUGAUCUAACUUUCACUUGCAUGGACUUUUUUGUGGUACUUAUAUGCGAGCUAUGCCAAGUACAAAUUAUAAUGCGCCUUUUUUCCCGCGUUCGAGAAAAAAGAAUCGUCUUUCUGGUAGGCGCCGGAUUAUCCAUUAUUACCCAGGUUCUGUGGGCUAUACCAACCUUCACAAAAUCCAUCAACAAUCGCUACGGAGCAGUGUAUGAUGAUUCCAGUGGCCUUACUCUGCUGGCACCAUUCAUGUAUUUAUUCCGAAUUGCCCUUUCCUCAGCCUACGCAAGCAUAAUUUGUUUCAAUAUCUUUACUAAGCGACAACUGUGUCUACAAAAUCAGCGAAUGAUAUUAUUGACCCUGAUCGCGAUUUUAACUGUUCUAUUACAGCCAGGAUUUUUCGUCGCAGACGUGGCUAACAUCUGGGUGGACGACUUAAGUGAAAUUUUCAACACUACCUGCUAUGUUGGAUCUGCUGUAAUUGUAUGGGAAUGGGUAGAUCAUUUGUUAAUUUUGGAAAGAAAAGUUCAGGCACAAAGUGUCCUAGGACGACCCAUUUACGAAGAUGAUCACCAGGAGUACUAUUUUGCAAAGUACGCUUUAAAAAUGCAGGAUACAUUUUCUUUCGAGAAUGACAAUGGAGGUCCUUCUGGGGAUGUUACAGAGUUUGACAAAAAUAUGUACAAUCAAGUUGCUCCACGAGCAGAUGCCAACAAGGUGCAGUUCAGUGAGUCUCAGCCCUGGAAAGAUCUGGUUUUUGAGAAAUGCAACAAGGUUAUUGACGGCAUGAUUUACUAUACCGAUCACUUUAUCGUUAAAGGCUUAGUAAUUAAGACGCUGAGUCUUCAUUCAAAAGGCAGUAGCGACGACCACAGACUACAGAAAGCUAAGGUGAGACGACGAAUUGGUCUCGAUAGACCCAAUGAUGUUUACGUUUAUGCAACUAAGGAUGUCGUCUUUGAUUCCGAUGACGAACCAAACGACAGUCAGAAAGACACAUCCGGCGAUCUGAGGGCUGUGCCUUAG